AUGACCGAAACCACCAAGACCCACGUUAUCCUGCUGUCCUGCGGCAGCUUCAACCCCAUCACCAAGGGGCACAUCCAGAUGUUCGAAAGAGCCCGGGAUUAUCUGCACAAGACUGGAAGGUUCAUUGUAAUUGGUGGAAUCGUCUCACCUGUACAUGACUCCUAUGGGAAGCAGGGCCUGGUCUCCAGCCGACACCGUCUGACCAUGUGCCAACUGGCCGUCCAGUCCUCUGACUGGAUCAGGGUGGACCCCUGGGAGUGCUAUCAGGACACCUGGCAGACUACCUGCAGCGUACUGGAACACCACCGCGAUCUGAUGAAGCGAGUGACUGGCUGCAUCCUCUCCAAUGUGAACACACCUUCCAUGACCCCAGUGAUUGGACAGCCCCAGAAUGAGUCUCCACAGCCCAUUUACCAGAACAGCAACAUUUCCAACAAGCCCACAGCAGCAAAGAUCUUGGGGAAGAUGGGAGAAAGCCUGAGCCGGAUUUGCUGUGUCCGUCCGCCAAUAGAGCGCUUCACUUUUGUGGAUGAGAAUGCAAAUUUGGGGACCGUGAUGAGAUACGAGGAGAUUGAGCUUCGUAUCUUAUUGCUUUGUGGCAGUGACCUGCUGGAGUCCUUCUGUAUCCCAGGCCUCUGGAAUGAGUCUGACAUGGAGGUGAUUGUCGGGGACUUUGGGAUCGUGGUGGUGCCCCGGGACGGCACAGACACAGACCGGAUUAUGAACCAUUCCUCAAUACUCCGCAAGUACAAAAACAACAUCCUGGUUGUGAAGGACGACGUGAACCACCCAAUGUCCGUCGUCAGUUCAACUAAAAGCAGACUGGCCCUGCAGCAUGGGGAUGGACACGUUGUGGAUUACCUGUCUCAGCCCGUCAUUGACUACAUCCUCAAGAGCCAGCUGUACAUCAACGCCUCUGGUUAAAGCCUGAGGCGCUGCAGCAAGGCAGCCCCACCGCUCCACUUCCCUCCAGCUCUCCAUCACACUUCUCGCUCUCUGUGUGUCUGUCUCUCUCUCUCAGCCUCCGGCACGUCCGCCUGUCUCACUCACUGACUCUAGCGCUCCAUAGUGCAGGAAUCUCCAGGGAGCUGUGGCAAACCCCCAAUGGUACACAGCUCAGCAAUCUGCUUCGGAGAACCCUUCCCCUUCAUACACCGGGGGGCAG